CGGUAGCGUAACAAAAAUCAAAAAGUUCCACAUAAGCGGUAUCUGACUGACAACACUGCCGAAUACGUGGCCCCGAAGUUGUGUGAUUAGUGAGACUUGUUUAUAUUUUUUAUUGUGAUAUUUCUCUAAAAAUCUCCUCGGAAGCCGAUAAUCGGCCCCAAACACAAUGAUGAAUCCUCAAUAUCCACCACCAGGGCAGAAUAAUAAUGCACCAAACAAUCCCAUGUACCCCCCUACUUCUCAGGACUACAACGGUGUCCAGAAUGCCAACAUAUACAACCAGAUGCCACCAAAUGGUCCACAGAUGCAACAAAAACCAUUUGAGACUGACAUGUCGCACAAGAUGCAGAGUAUGAGCAUAAAUGGACCCCAAGGUUUCCCUAAUAUCCCACCUACCCAACUACCCCCUGGCCAGAUGCCUCCUGGUCAAUUUCCUCCUGGCAAUUAUCCUCCGUCUUCCAGUUAUGGUCCUGGCCAGCCACCCCACAGUCAGGGACCACCAGGCAUGCCCGGCAGACCGCCAGUGAGCGGAGCACCUCAGUUUCCCCCGAUGGCACAAAAACCUCAAAUGCCACCUUCAUCUGCACCAGGGCAAGUGCCAUCUUCUGUUCCUCCAGGAUUUGGGCAAAUGCCCCCGCCAAGUCAAACCCCUGACCAAAAUAGACAAUUCCAACCACCAACUUCUAUGCCUGGCCAGCAGCGACCGCCGAGUGCUCAACCUAGUCAACCCCUCAUGGGUCAACAGCCUGGUCCUCAAGGUCAGGGCCAGAUGCCUCCACAUUCCCAACCUGGUCUUCCACCCCAGCCCGGUAUGGGCAGGCAGGGCAUGCCUCCUCCAAAUGCCCAGCAACCGGGAAUGCCGCCGCAAAUGGGUGGACCAGGAAUGCAGAUUGGGCAGCAAGGCAUGCCCCAGCCAUUGAAUAUGCCGCCACAACAGCAACCCCAGCAGUCGCAACAGCAGCAACCUGGCAUGCCACCACAUUCAAAACCGAGCCAACCUGGACCACCCCAGCCUGGUCUUCCUGGGCAACCACAGCCCGGUCCGCCUGGCCAGCCUCAGCCUGGCCAGUUGCAGAGACAGCCUGGACCUCCCCAGCAACCGAGCAUGAUGCCACCACCAGGCUUGCCUCUACAAGGUGGCCAAAUACCGCAACAACAAAAUCAACCGCUUGGACAGCCUGGAAAGAUGUUAGGCCAGCCACAAAUGCCUGGGGUACCUGGUUUACCUGGACAGCAACAAAUCGCUGGCCAACAAGCACCUCCUCAGCAAGGGCAAAUGGGGCCACCACAGAUGCAAGGACCACCGCAGCAACCUGGAUUUAUGAGUCAACCAGGCAUGCCUCCUCAGCCGGGACAAAUGGGCCAACCUGGGAUGCCGCCACCGCAAAUGCAGCCUGGCCUUCCACCACAGCCUGGUCAGAUGCCUGGGCAGCCUGGACAGCUGUCGCAACCUGGAUUACCGCCGCAGCCGGGCCAGAUGUCCCAGCCGGGGCUACCGCCUCAACCUGGACAGAUGCCUGGCCAGCCCGGCCUGCCACCUCAGCCUGGUUUCCAAGCCCAGCAGCAGACGCUGCCUGGGCUCCCGCACAUGCCGCCGCCGAUGUCGCAGCAGAGGCAGUACACCGGGCAGCCUCCUGCCCAACCGGGGUAUGGCCAACCUGGACAACAGCAGAAUGCCCAGUAUCCUGGUAUGCCCCCGAUGCCGCAGCCGCCGAUGCCUGCUCAGCAGCAGCGCGGCUUCCAGCAGCCGUCGGGCUACCCGCCGCAGUACGCGCCGCAGUACCCGGGCCAGCAGCAAUACCCUGGCCAGCAGUUCCCACAGCAACCAGAACAGAAGAGACUCGACCCUGACCAGAUGCCUAGCCCUAUCCAGGUGAUGGCAGACGACCAGCAGAACCGCGGCGGUAUCUUCGUCACCAACGAGAAGGGGCUCGUCCCGCCGCUCGCCACCACCGACUUCAUUGUAGACGAUAAGGGAAAUGCCAGUCCUCGCUAUAUAAGGAGUUCGAUGUACACCGUGCCGGUCACUGCUGACCUAUUGAAGCAGACGGCGAUGCCAUUCUGUUUAGUUUUGUCCCCCAUGGCGGAGACCGUGGGUACGGAGCCCGAGCCCCCGCUGAUCGACUUCGCGGCGGUGACGGGGUCCCCCGCGCUGGGCCCGGUGCGCUGCUCGCGCUGCAAGGCCUACAUGUGCCCCAACAUGAAGUUCAUCGACGCGGCCAGGCACUUCAAGUGCGCCUUCUGUAAGGCUACCACUGAAGUGCCCAUGGAGUACACGCAGUACGUGAACAGCAUGCAGCAGUACGGGCGCGUGCCCGCAGAGAUGGCGCUCGGGACCUACGAGAUCGUGGCCACCAAGGAGUACUGCCGGAACAACACCCUCCCUAACCCCCCGGCGAUCGUGUUCGUCAUCGACGUAUCGUACAACGCGAUCAAGAACGGUCUGGUACAGACUGUCUGCGAGAACAUCAUGGAUAUUAUUGAGGCAAUGCCUCGAGACGAGCAGACCGGCAAGAGUUGGACUCGCGUCGGGUUCAUAACAUAUAGCUCUACAGUGCACUUCUACAAUAUCAAGGGCAGCCUAGCACAGCCUCAGAUGAUGUCUGUGGGUGACGUGGGCGACAUGUUCGUGCCCCUCCUGGAGGGUUUCCUGGUGCUGCCGGAAGAGAGCGGCCCUGUCCUGCAAGCUCUGCUGCAGCAGCUGCCCGCCAUGUUCCAGGAUAACAAGGAGACCGAGAUUAUACUGUUGCCCGCCGUGCAGGCCGGUCUAGAAGCGCUCAAGGCCGCAGACACGUCAGGCCAGCUGCUGGUGUUCCACACGUCGCUGCCCACGUACAACGCGCCCGGCAAGCUCGUCAACAGGGAGGACAGGAAGCUGCUCGGCACUGACAAGGAGAAACAGAUCUUAGCCCCUCAGACCACGGCGUACAACGAGCUGGGCCAGUCGUGUUGCGCGGCGGGCGUGUCGGUGGAGCUGUUCGUGUGCAACAACGCCUACGUGGACUGCGCCACCAUCGCGCAGCUGCCGCGCCUCACCGGCGGACAGAUACACAAGUAUACGUACUUCACGGCUGAGAUGGACGGUCCCCGGCUGGUGAUGGACGUGCAGCGCGUGGUGGGGCGCCCCACCGCGCACGACGCCGUCAUGCGCGUGCGCACCUCCACCGGCGUCAGGCCCACGGACUUCUUCGGACACUUCUUCAUGUCCAAUACCACCGACGUGGAGCUAGCUGCUAUUGACGCUGACAAAGCAAUCGGCAUCGAGAUAAAACACGACGACAAACUAACAGGCGAGGACGGAGUGUACAUACAAGCGGCCCUCCUGUACACCCACCGCUCGGGCCAGCGGCGGCUGCGAGUCAUCAACCUGGCGCUGGCCGUGGCGCAGCAGCUGGCCGACGUGUACCGCAGCAUGGAGCUGGACACCGUCAUCAACUUCCUGACCAAGCAGGCCGUGUGGGCGCUGCGCGAGGCGGGCCCCCGGGCCGUGCGCGAGGGCCUGAGCUCCCGCUGCGCGCGCUCGCUGGCGGCCUACCGGCGCCACUGCGCGUCGCCGUCGUCGGCGGGCCAGCUGGUGCUGCCCGAGCCCAUGAAGCUGCUGCCGCUGUACACCAACUGCGUGCUGCGCGGCGACGCGCUGGGCGGCGGGCCCGAGCUGGGCGCCGACGAGCGCGCCGCCGCGCUGCACCGCGCGCUGGCCGCCGACCUGGACACGUCCGCCGCGCUCACCUACCCGCGCCUGCUGCCGCUGCACCGCCUGCCGCAGCUGCCGCCCGCGCAGCUGCAGCCGCUGCGCGCCUCCGUCGACAAGAUGAGCGACCACGGCGUCUACCUGCUCGAGAACGGCGUGCACAUGCUGAUAUGGGUGGGCGCGCAGGCCCCGGCGGAGUUCGUGCGGGACGUGUUCGGCGUGGCGUCGGCGGCGCAGCUGGACACGGCCGUGAGCGAGCUGCCGCCGCUGGACACGGCCGCCAGCCUGGCCGUGCGCGCGCUCGUCGACGACGCGCGCGCGCGCCGGCGGAAGGCCAUGCGGCUGACCGUAGUGAGCGGGGAGAAGGGCGCCGCGCAGUUCCGCGCGCUGCUGGUGGAGGACCGCGGCCUGGACGCCGCGCCCGGCUACGUCGAGUACCUCAUGAGCGUGCACAAAGCUGUGCAGAAGAUGAUCUAACGAUCAUGCGUCAACACGACAAGCUGGAAGCCGUCCUGCGCCACUUCCUGGUCGAGGACCGCGGCGUGGACGGCAGCUCCUCCUACGUGGACUACCUCUGCCACAUCCACAAGGAAAUCAGGGCGUUGCUAUAGCUAAUGCUCGGCCAUUACUAAAGCCGUGUGAUCGCUACUCUUUUACAUGUACUCUCAUAUAUACAGCCUGAGGGAUAUUAUGUGACUUGCAAAAAAGUGGCGAUUUUUGCAAGUUAUGUAAUAACUCGAUUGUUUGCAAAUUAAUAGGAUAUCUCUGUUGAAAUUGUUGUAAGUCAUAUAAUAUUGAAUAUGAAAUACAGUUUAUUUUCUUAUACGAAGCGAUUGUCCGGUCUGUAUUAUAAAAUCUGAUCGUAGUAAAUAAGAGCUGAUUAAAAGUUCUAUGAGAGGUUCAAAAUAUUUUUCCUGAUCAACUUUAAUGGAGAAAUAUUUUCCGUUUAUUUUUAUGAUUAAAAGCGCCUUUUACAUAUCUAUUUAUAUUAUUAUGUCUGUUUAAAAGUACUUUAGAGCCCAGUUCUGGGCAAAACCCUCUCCUUUCCCUAUCUAAAUGUCUCUCAUUUCUAACUAUUCAAUCAAAUCAAACUAUGCAGUCCACUGUUGGGCAAAACCCUUUCAAACUCGGUCAAUUUCGAAUAUAUGAUGUUACAUGUAAAAGUUAAUGAAUCUGACUUUUUCUAGGUAUAUAUGAAAUAAUACGUUUGAAACUAAGCGUCACACGCGACUAUUUGGAAUUCUACCAAAAUCAGGGUUGCAAGUAGUAAAAAUUUCAUACCUUAGCCUAUGGCGCGCUAUUUUGGUCUAUAGUUAAAAAUGUAUUGGUUUAAAUCUACUAUACUGUAUUAAUUAUGUCUUUUAAAACAGGAAGAUGUUACAAGUGUUGCUAGUUGUAAAAAUGUUAAAUGAAUAGUAGAAAAAUAUUAACGGUGUUUGUUUAAGUAAUUGCAAUUGGGGCUGAGUGAGUGAGAGCAACAGAGACCUGUAUAUAUCUUCCUGUUUUACAAAUUGUUUUUAUACGCGUUAGUAGUCUACGAACUGUUUUAGAACUUCCAGCGUUAGAAAGCAUUUAUAUAAAGACUAAUUAUUCUUGAAUAAUUACCCCCUUAUUUAAAUGUUAACGAGAUUGCUUUUAGACAAUAGUAAGUCCCAUGUAUUUAGAGGGAUCUGUUAUACACUUUCUAGUAUACUAUACCUUAUGAUCGAAGUUUUAAGGUGCAAAAUUGAUUGAAUAUAUAGAACCCCUACAGUAAUGAAUAAGGGGGUUAUUAUCGAAUCACACGUAAUAUUAUCAUAACUACGAUAAAGUUGGGCACAGUACGAUGUUAAGUAAAUGAUUGGGUUAAGGCAGCGCAGACACAGACAAGGGAAAACGAACUUUAAUACUUGGACUUUUAAGGCUAUUUUACAUUAAAUUUAGUUUGUAGACUGAUCGCCUUCUUAGACUCGUAGGAAACUUUGUUUUUUUGUCCCAAGUCUUAAUAUUUCAGAAUUGUCAGCUCUAUCCAUUCUUAAGUCUGCGCUGUCCUUAGGCCGUGUAAUCGCAAGGCAAUGACAUUAUUUGUUAAUAACUUGAAACUUGUACAGAGAUGAGAUGUUUUGUAUAACAAUAAAUCUUAAGUAACGAGUCUCACAAUAAUGGAGUCAAUUUAGAUUAUAAUAUUGAGGCGUGAUGCAAAUAUGGCGAAAGGUAAUAACGGGUUUCAUGACACUCGAAAAUGCAUUUUAAAUCUUUGGGUAUAGAGUUCGUAUUGGCAAAAAUGACCAGACAGACGUUUGCUCAUUGUCGAUGCGAUUGUCUUUUAAGCCAUUAUGAAUUUUAUGAUCACAGGAUUAAAGUGUGUUUUUGUUGAGUCAUCAAUAUAUUAAUUGCGUUGCGUUUCGCCAUAUGGGUACCAGGACUAAGAGUACACCGCUCGUUAAAGUUAACAAAGAAUAAUGCACCUUAAAGCUAUUGAAAUAGCGGCGGUUUUCAUAUGUUAACUUUGACGAGCGGUCAAUUGUUGAAAUAUCUUUUAAUUAUGGCCAAGUUUGGAGUCGAACCCAAGACUUUUCUUGUAAGAACAACCGAGUCAUACUUCCAUUUGUAAAGUUAUUUUUGUAUUAAUGUUAUGUAAUUGUUUUAAUUUUGUGAAGGCCGAUCAGUUGUAUACUUAUUUUGAAUAUCAUAUUUUUCAAUCAUAAUCAGAUAAAAAAUCUGUCAAAAAGAUUCUUUAACAUUACUUGCCGAACGAAUGUUAAUGGUUAAUUUAACCGACUUCAAAAAGGUUGUAUCUUGUGUCUUGGACGCCAUAAAAAUCAAUUAUGGCGUCCAAGAUACAAUCGAUUAUUUCAUGAAAUUAAUAUUAAGAUCAGUAUUUAAGAGCGCUGUUUUGAAAAAUCUUUUGAAAUUAGAUUUUGUUCUAGUUUCUGGGGUAGUAGGAAGGUCUCAGUAGACUUGUAACGAGGUUUAGGUUAUUGGCAAUAUAUUAUUCAUUUUAAUUUAAUAAUAAUUAUGUAUGUAAAAUAAUAGAAGACAAUUUAUAUCUUGGCAUCACACGACAUUAGCGCGCGUGUUACCAGUUUAAGCGUUAUAUUUCUGAUCGGUUUUCACAGAAUUACAAAAAAGUCUUAAUAUGAGUAAUGUUCUAUACACAAUUGUCUAUGGCUACUGGUCUACCCUUAGAGGUUUUUAAAGUCUAGAGUAUAUAGAAAUAGAUUUGUAGUCAUAGACAGUUGGGUAUGAGAACAGUUUUGUGAAAUUGACGUGUUUAAACAAUAUUCUAAGUAUGUUGUUCUUAUAAAGUAUUUACUAACUGCCAAGGGGUUCUCCAUGGCUCUCUUAUUCUUCCCCAUUUAUUAAAAUGCAUUAGUUAGUAACAGAAGGAAAGAGAACUUAUUUUGGGAGUAUUAAAGCCUAUAUUCUAAAACCUACCAUGGAGGCCCGUGUUGCUACAUGAAAUAAAUAAAAAAAUUGUAGAAUUUUUUAAAGGUUAGUUGUUUUGAUUGCAAUUGGAAUAGUUUUUGUUUCCUACGAUAUUAACUAGAUAUAUGUUAUCUAUAUUCGAUUGUAUUGUAAAUGUAAAUAAAAUAUGGCAUUAUUUAAUA